UAUUAGCUAGCUAGUAUCUUUGGCUAUUUCCUGUUCUGUCUGUGCUAUAAAAGGUCCAGACUCAUUGGUAGACGAUGUCACCAUACAGGGAGGCUACACAUGGUUACAAUGACAUACAUGCCGUGUCACAUUCUGCAUUUUACCAUUAAAAAGCUAGUCGAAUAGAUAACUACUGAUUAACGUUAGUCAACUAAUUAUUGUGCCAUUUGACGCUGUAACGUUAGCUGGGCUACAAGUACUCAGCAUGUUGGCACAGGGAGUUAGCAGUACAGCUAACGAUAGCUGGCUAGCUAGUCAGUAUUUACGAAUCACGACUACAAUUAAUGACUCAAGACACCUUAGAGGGAUUUAAUAGCUUUAUCAAUUUAAUAAGAGUAACUGUACGCGAGACGACAAUUAUUAAUACGUGUAUGUUUGUUCGCUAUCUAUUUGUUACUUAGCAAGUGGCCCCGUUUCAUGGUACGUAGCAAGAGCUGGCAGAAUAGCCUGCAUUUCUACAUAAAACACAACCUUGCGAAUUCCCAAUAUAGUUCUCAAAGAGAUUAAAAAAUAUAUUUUAAAAACGUACCCAUUCUGAAGACACUGAACCCUUGAUCAACGGCGUUGUAGAUCUCGACACGGCACCGCUUCCGUAGCUGUUGGAAUUCAGUGACGUGUCGCAGGAACACGUCAUUAAUGGGUAAUCCGGUUUCAUUGUCCGUACAUUCAACGUCAGACAAAUAUUUUGAAACGCUAAAUAGUUCAAACACAAUUGCAUGAAACGAGAAAUAUUAUAUGCUUUAUAGAAAACUGUCCCCUUAGUAUUUAGUUGUGAGUUCCGAUAUAAAACUACUAUAUUGGAUGUGCGUUGAUUCGGAACUAGAGACGUACAAUGAGCUAUAUUCAAGAAGCCAACGUUUCAAAUAGUUUUUUUCUGUAGAAAGAGCUGCAAAUAGCACGUAAAAUACUGUGGAAUUUUGAACGCACUCCAAAAGAACGGAAGAAUAAUUUAUGUACACUCGUAUUAUACCUAAGUGGAUGUACAUCAUUGGAUGAUGCCCCUAUGCAAAAGGACCAGGCUAUGAUACACAAAUUAGAUAGCUUGUGUUUCAACGGAAUCAAUCAAUUUAACAUUUGCAAUUGUAAGUAUGGAUUUAUUUCAACCAACGCUUAGCUAAUGAAUUACGAAUGGGCUCUCCGCUCCGUGUCUGUAGACGAUUCUGUUCUCCUGCAUCCCUUCGUUACAGACUCAAGUCCGGGGUCGUCGAUAGCUGAGCCGCAAUGGUGGAGAAGUCCGACCGGGCACCGCUACUGGACUGGGAGGAGGUUCCUCCGGCGGAGAAGCCUGUUCCCACACCAGUACAGGAGAAGGACGUCAAGGGGCCGAGCCCCGCCAAUAGUCGGGCGUCGGGAUGCACUGCGCCGGGGAUAGGGUGGAGCACCAGUCCGGGGGGUCCUGAGUUUUUAAAAUCAGCAGUCUCUAGCAUAGACACAUCCCUCUCAUCCAGGAGCACGAUCCCCACCCCUGCGGAAUGGGAUGCUCAGUGUCCCGACAAGGAUGACCAUACCUCGGCCUCAGGACAAGGAGAGGUGCCGCACGACAUCAUGGUGAAAUGGGAAGAAAAGGAUCCGAUCGUGGCGGUGUUUGUGGUUACAUUUGAUACAAGAUCAGGUAACAUGUUAGAGUGGUGUCUGCCAGGGGACAUGAACCUGGAGGGAGUAGAGUUCAAGGCUAUGGCCAGCGGCUCCCACAGAGUCUCCAGCGACUUCAUAUACUUCCGUAAGGGCGGGUACUUUGGCCUGGCGUGCUUUGCCAACAUGGCGGUGGAUAGUGUGGUGGAGAGGGGGGCAAGAAUGAAGUCUGUGGGUAUCCUGUCAACAUCUUACACCCUGCUGUACCGAUACAUGAGCUUCCUGGAACACCAAGUCAGGCUCCAGUUGAAAACUCCUGGCCAGUACUCUCCUCUGGAGGCGUUCUUUGAGGAUAAGAGAUCCGUGCUGCCCCCCGAUGGGGAGAGUGUGGUUACUGCAUGUCCUGGCAGUGCCUGGGGAGCAGCUCUCAACCACUGUAUGCACCCUGAGAUGAAGAUCACCCACCCAGCUGGCUGCAUGUCUCAGUUCAUCCAGUUCUUUGGGGAGCAGAUCAUGGUCCUGUGGAAGUUAGCUCUGCUGAGGAGACGUAUCCUCAUCUUCUCUCCUCCGCCUGUGGGCGUGGUCUGUUACAGAGUGUACUGCUGCUGUUGCCUGGCCAACGUGUCCAUCCCGGGGGUGGGCGUGGCCGUGCCAGAGUUCCGCCCCUUCUUCUAUGUCAACGUGGCAGACAUUGAUAACCUGGAUACGGAACUGUCCUACGUAGCGUGCACCACAGAGAAGAUCUUUGAGGAGAAGCGGGACCUGUAUGACGUCUAUGUGGAUAACCAGAAUGUGAGGACGACCAGAGAGAGUCUGAAGCCUUUACUGCGGCUCAGCGCUGCAGACAGAGAGAAGUACCGCAAACUCACUGAACAGAGGCAGAUGCUGUUAUAUUCUCAGGAGGAGAAUGGAGACUGUGUGUCCAGUGAAGAGGACCACUUCAUUCUGUUUUUCCUGGAGCAGAAUAACCGUAUCUUCCAGACGCUCAGUGAGGUGGCAGGGAGACCUGAGCCCAUCCUAACCCAGGAGAGUGUGAGGGCCAUGGGGCUAGACCCUCACGGAGACAGACUCUUCCUGCUCCACCUGCUGGAGACAUACGGCUAUGACAGCCUCUUGGUCACCGAUCACCCUUGCUGCAGCUGAGGCCUGGGUGGCACACUGACUGACCUACAGGAUCCUGCACACUCAGACACACAAACUCAAUGCAGACAGUCUGGAGUCUGGACUGAGAGGUCAGAAUAUGUUGGCAUGGCUGAGACAAAGGCCUGUAUUCAUAAAGCGUCUCAGUAGUGCUGAUCUCAGAUCCGUUUAGCCUUUCAGAGCUCAUUGAAUAAGACUUACAUGGGCAGGGGGGACCUGAUCCUAGAUUAGCAUUCCUACUCAGAUGCUUUAUGAAUAAGGGAGACCCUCAGGCCCAAAAAAGCAAAUGAAUGGAGAGAGCCACGGAACAAGAAAAGUUCUUGGUUCUUGGUACUGUCCUAUGACAUUCAUGGGUGCUCAAUCUGGACUGUAUAAAAUGUCCAGUACAGAGGAAUGUCAUUCAUGUCUAUCCCCAACCCCUUUUUUUCUGGAGGAGUGGAGCCAACCAGAAACAUCCUGGAACUCUGGAGAUUCGGUGCCUAUGAGCAGAACUAACCAAGAAAGUCAUGCUUACGGUGUCCUUAUGUUUUCAAAUGGGGAGUCAAAUCUAAACUCUGUGGUAAUGUCCUCAAACUGAGGGAGGAUUUGUCACUUCUCUUAAUAGGACAUCUAUCUAUUUAUGUUUUUGAGAGAAGAAAUCACCAAACUUUUGUCUUUAAAUAGAAAGGGAUCUGUAGAAUGUGUUUUAUUAUAAAAUGAUCCCAUUAAGUCACUGCUAAGCCCAAAACCACUGUGGUCAGCAUUGUAUAGAAAUGGCCACCAACACCAUCCAUAAUCAUGAUACUACAGACUUGAUACUAAGGGCCCGAUUCAAUCCGUAAGCGCUGAAGGUCCACGCUACAGUGCGAUAUACAUUUAAAGGCCAUGUUUUACGCAUUCCCGGUAAACGCUGCAUAUGUCAACUCAUUCGGAAAUGACCUUUACAUUUCAGUCACGCAACUUCUGUGAUACGGACUGAAUCGAGCCCUUAAGUACACAAUACUAGUUCACGUGUGGAUUUGGUUUCCGGUGAAAGAGGGGUCAGGACUCACCAGCACACUUUCUUAUGAUGUCCAACAUAGAAAUGUAACAAUUGUAUAUUACUUUAAAAAUGUACUUUUAAUCACAGCCAUUUGACCAAGAGGUUUUGGGCUCAAAUUGAAACGUAUGCUUGUGGGUGUUUCCUCAAUUCUCUGUCAAAUAUACGAAGAGUGAAAAAUGUGAAUGAGCUCGUGGCUCAAUGGUUAUAUCCUAUCCUUCAGACCAAGAGGUCGUAGGUUCAAACGUCAUUUCUUAUACUGUUGUGUACGUUUCAGCAACUCUCGAUGUCAAACAUACAAAGAGUGUGGCAUAAAAUGUGGUGGUGCAGUGGUUCAAUUACUGCCUUGUAAGACCAAGAGGUUCUAGCUUCGAACCUCAUCUAUUCAGCCAUUGUGUGCGUUUCCGCAACUCUCGCUGUCAAACAUACAAAGGGAAGGGUAAACAAUGAUGAUGGUGGUGGUGGUUCAAUCUCUACCUCAAAGCUUCGAGGUUGUGGGUUCAAAACAAAGUGUUGCCGCAGCUCUCGAUGUCAAACAUACGAAGGGAAUGGUAAAAAAUAAAUACUGUGUUCAUUUCUGUU